AUGGCAGAAGACUCCAUAGCUCCGUUGACUAUCGACACCUCCGAUCGUCCACGCACGCCAUCUUUACCUACUCCGGUUGGCUCCAAAACGCCUCCUACAAUAGCCAGCAAGCGCUUUCUAGGGAACGACGAGGGUAUGUCAGCGAUUCAGCGUGCUACCGAGGCUAUGGAGGCGGAUGCUCUCCAUCGGCGGUUAAAAGAGAUCGAAAGCGCAGGAAGGCAGAGGGACAGAACCCCCGGGCGAAGUCCUAGCCGGAAGAGGCAGCGAAUAUACGGAGAUCGGUUCAUCCCGAAUAGAGACGGACAAGACUUGCAAGCGAGUUACAGCCUGUUGCAUGACGAUGGAUCCCCAUCAACACCUUCUAGAUCCAAGAAGAAGCCACCGACUGGCGAACUACACUUCCAGCGCACCGAGGAAGCGAACAGGACCUAUUCGAAGGUGCUGCGAAAUGAAUUGAUGGGUGACACAGUUCCUCAAGAUUACCGAUCUCUUUCGCCGGACGAUCUUUUCGGCCGCCGCCGGACUCCUCCUGGGCAAUCGUCAGUUUCAGCUCUUCCACCAGCGUCAAUGACCCCGACUACUCCCCACAAGAAUAUGUUUUCGUAUAAGUCUCCUCAGAAGGUGCUAGGAUCUGGACACCCGACGCCAUCCUCAAGAGCUGGCAGGCAUCCAGGAAUUAUCAAUUUGAACGCCAGAUCUGACCUGUACUCUAUAUCACCAAUCAACUACUCUUCUCAGUCUAUCCUGCAAACCCCUCGAAAGCAGCCCCGGCCCAUUGCCAAAGUUCCCUACAAAGUGCUGGAUGCUCCCGAAUUAGCAGACGACUUCUACCUGAAUCUGGUAGACUGGGGCUCGGCCAAUAUCCUCGGUGUCGGGCUUGGGUCAUGUGUUUACUUGUGGAACAGCACCACGGGUAAGGUGACCCAACUGUGCAAACUGCCCGACAAUGACCUGGUGACAUCUGUGGCGUGGAUACAGCGAGGGUCGCAUCUCGCCAUCGGGACACACAAGGGCUUUGUUCAGAUAUAUGAUGCUGAAAAGUCUAGACGAUUACGGACCAUGACAGGUCAUUCGGCGCGAGUUGGGGCACUAGCGUGGAACGACCACAUCUUGACAUCCGGAUCCAGAGAUCGCUUGAUCUACCAUCGAGACGUCCGCAGUCCUGACCAGUACUUACGAAGGUUAGCAGGACACAAACAGGAAGUCUGCGGACUGCGGUGGAAUACUGAAGACGGCCAACUUGCUUCAGGUGGAAACGACAACAAGCUGUGCGUCUGGGAUAAACUGUCGGAGACUCCCCUCUACCGAUUUUCUAAUCAUGUGGCCGCGGUAAAAGCCAUUGCCUGGAGUCCUCAUCAGCACCACUUGUUAGCGUCGGGCGGUGGUACCGCGGACCGUUCGAUUAAAUUUUGGAACACCGCAAAUGGGUCUCUGAUCAAGGAAAUCGACACAGGAAGCCAGGUGUGUAAUCUGGCUUGGAGCAAGAACAGUGACGAAAUCGUCAGCACGCAUGGCUACAGUCAAAACCAGAUUGUCGUGUGGAAGUAUCCAAAGAUGGAGCAAGUGGUCAGUCUUACUGGGCAUACGUUCCGCGUUCUUUAUUUGAGUACGAGUCCCGAUGGAACUACAGUUGUCACUGGGGCAGGGGACGAAACACUGCGGUUUUGGCGCGUGUUUGGCAAGAAGGGCAACGAGGGCAGAAACAGCGACGGGAUAUCAGGGAGACUGGCUGAUUGGGGUGCAAUCCGCUAA